AGUUUUAUAUUUUAUUCAAAAUUGUUUUAGUGUUUAAAAUUAUUAUAUUACAAAAUGAAAAAAUGAUUUUUUUUGUAAAAAGAAUCACUAUUUUAAGUUUGAUAUGCACAAUUGAGCCGAUAAUUUCACAUGAGGGUAUAAAAUAUCCAAUAGAGGUAGAAUACUUUGAUGGAAUAACUUUGAAAUAUAAUACAAUAGAAUUUAAUAUACCUCUUUAUUAUAAUCCAGUCGAUGAAAAAUGGAGAAUUGAAAAAUGUGUUAAAUUAGGAUUUACUCACAAUAAAUCUAUGGUUGGGGAAAUGUUUAUUUCAAAUAUGAUACCAGUUGAUAUUUUUUUUAAUAAAUUUGGAAUAUAUGAACUUUUGUCAGAAUACCUAUGCAAAAACUUAAAAUUAAGUUCUCAAAUGCAGAGAAAUGUUUUAGAAAAACUAAAUGAGAGCGAAAAAAUUUUAGCAUUCUUUCGCAGAAGAGAUUGGUUUGAUUUAUAUAUAAAGAAGUAUAUUAUAGUCGAAGAAGAAAGAAUACAAAGUCAAUGUGGGGAUGUGGAAAUGUUUGCCAUUUCUGAAUAUCUAGACGUAUGUAUUUAUCUUUAUAGAUCUGAAAAUAAUGAUUGGACAGUAUUCCGAGAAAAAAACUGGCCUAAUUAUGAUGGUGUAGAUAUGAAAGAUGAAGAAUGUAUUUAUUUAUAUCUUAAUAAUGAUCGUAUUGGCAUUGUUUCUAACGUUACCGGACCAUAUUAAAUAUUUGAUGAGAACUAAUAUUAUGUAAAUUAUUUCAUAAUAAAAUUAAUUUUACUUAAAAUUAUUUUUAUGGACAAUUAUAAACCAAUA